AUGGUCGAAAUCUACUACCACGAUGGUGACGAUGCUGUCGACUUCAGACAACCUCACAACUCGGGCGAGCCGGUCCCCGAGCAACAUCUAGCCGAAAUCGGUGUUUUCUACAGGUUCUGUCCGACGCAGGACCAGGUCGACGCCGUGGCCAAAGAGCGUGGCUACAAAAACAGGGACGUAGUGGCAAUUUCCGAAUCCACCAUGGGCGAGGCGCUGCUGCCCAAGCUACAAGCUUUUUACGCUGAGCACCUCCACGAGGACGAAGAAAUCCGCUACUGCAUCGACGGGGAGGGCUAUUUCGACGUCAGAGACGCUUCUGACGACCGCUGGAUCCGGUGCAGGGUCACGCCAGGCGACUUGCUCGUGUUGCCAGCUGGCAUUUACCACAGGUUCACUUUGACAGAUGCCAACCAGAUCACGGCCCUUCGUCUUUUCAAGGACGAACCCAAGUGGGUUGCCCACAAUAGGCCCGACGCCGACACGCGGCCUGUGAGAAAGGACUACUUGGCGAGCCUGGCCACCAAUUGA